UUUAGUUUUAAAAAAAAUUUAUUGUUUGUUUAGUAUUCUAAAAAGAAGAAUGAUAUAAAUGAAAAAAUGUUUUACAGAGCUUUAUGAUUUUUUAAGCUCUUCAUUUGAAUGUCAUACUGAUCUGAAGCUCAAUCUUUGGAACUAAAUUUACGGAGAAUAAAUCCCUUAAUUAAGCUCAGGUUUAGAAAAAUGCACAAACCUUUCAAGUUUAAAUCUUAACAUCUCAAACUGUUAUAUCGGAGAUGAGUUUGCAACAGGCUUAGCUAUUUCUUUAAAAAAUUGCCCUAACCUUUCAAUAAUGAAACUCUAUCUCUCGGGAAAUGACAUUAGUGGGGAAGGUAUACUGAGCUUUGCUUCUACGUUUGAAACCUACACAAAUCUCACAGACUUGACACUUUCUCUUGAAUCAAACAAUAUUGGAGAUAAGGGUGUAUUAGGUUUAACUUCUGUCUUAGCAAAGAUUACAUGUCUGACAAGCUUAACACUUAAUCUUUCAAGCAACGGUAUAAGUGAUCACGGUGCUUUAAACUUAGGUUCUUCUUUAGCAACUUACACUAAUCUCUCAAAUUUGAAGCUUGAUGUCUCUGUCAAUCAAAUAAGUGACGAAGGAGUAUCAGCUAUAGGUAUCGCACUAGCAAACUGCAAAAAAAUUUCAAAUUUGUCACUUGAUCUCAUAAGCAAUUAAUUUGGCUCAUAGGGUAUAUCUGGCUUAGGUUCUGCUUUUACAAGCAAUAUUAAUCUCUCAAAAUUGACACUUUAUCUUGAGAACAAUUAGAUUAAUGGAUAAGGUCUGUCAUGCUUAUUUUCUGAUUUGUCAAACUGCAUUAACCUCACAAACUUGAUAUUUAAUUUCAAAAAAACAUAAAUUGGUGACGAGGAAAUAUCAUCUUUUAGUUCUGUAUUGGAAAAAUGCAUUUAUCUCUCUAAUUUGUAGCUAAACCUUGUUUAGAAUUAAAUUGGUAACAAAGGUGUUUCAACCUUAGGUGAAGCAUUAAGAAAAUGCUUUAGACUCUCCGAUUUGACAUUAUCACUAGAUGAUAAUUUAAUUGGAGAUGAAGGUGUAUCAAGAUUAAGUUCCUCUUUAGGAAAUUGCUUAAAUCUUUCACGCUUGACUCUUAAUUUAAAUUAUAAUUAGUUUGGUGACUAGGGUGUUUCAAGCAUAACCUCUAAUUUAAAAAAUUGUACUAAACUUUCUAAAUUAGCACUUGCUAUCAAUAAAAGUUAAAUUACUCAUUAAUCUAUAUCGGACUUAAUUUUUGUUUUACCAAACUGGGGUAAUAUCUCAAAUUUAUCACUUCAUCUAGCAUUUAACUCUAUUGGUGAAUAAGCUGCAUUAGACUUAGGUAUUGCUUUAUCUAAUUGCCAUAAUCUCUAAAAUUUGGAACUACAACUUAGUUACAAUGAUAUCCAUUCUAAGGGCGCUUUAGAUUUAGCCUCUGGUAUAGCAAAGUGUGCUAAUCUUUCAACUUUGGAACUUAGACUCUAAGAUAGUGGUAUUCCUUAUGAAGAAUAAUUGGAGAUAUGGAUAAAGUGUCUGCAAUCAAAAAAGCUAGUUGUCUUUAUUUUAGUUUUAUGAAUAAUUAAUGGCAUUUGAUUCAAUUAUUUUUUAUUGAAUUAAUUGAUUAAUUGUAUUGUUUGUUUUAUUUAAUGUUGAGAAUAUCAAUUUUUAUCUACUAUUUAAAUAUG